GGGGAAAAAGAUGAUGCUUAAAAGAUUAUCUUGAAUUUAAAGUUCUUGAACCUGGCUGAAUAUGGAGAUCCAUGGAAGAGCUCCCACUCUCCAGUGGACAGUACCGACGGCAACUCGCCGGAGAAUUGCAUUGUUCUCCAUGCCUUUCCAGGGUCAUAUCAAUCCGAUGCUUCAGUUGGCAAAUAUUCUUCACAGCCAAGGUUUUAAAAUAACAAUGAUACACACUGAAUACAACUCUCCAAAUCAUUCAAACUAUCCUCACUUCACCUUCAAAUCCAUCUCCGACAACUUCUCGGAGAUCAUAAACCAGUUGCCAAAGAAAGACCCCAGCUUUUACAUUAAGUACCUUAAUAGCAGCUGUGUAGAUCCGUUUAGGAAUUGUCUGGCUGGAUUGUUGUUGGAAGAACCGAUUGCUUGUUUGAUCGCUGAUGCUGGAUUCUAUUUCACUCAGGCGGUGGCCGACGAACUGAAGAUCCCUCGAGUGGUGCUCCGGACAAGCAGUCUUGGUUGCGUCGUAGCUUACGGCGUUUUGCCCAUUUUAUCGGAAAAGGGUUACUUCAAUCCUCCUAAAGAAGAUUACGAAACAUCAGUGCCAGAACAUCCACUUUUGAAAUUUAAAGAUAUCGUAAAGAUCUCAAUCAACCCACAAGGUAUGUCAGAAUUCGUGACCAACAUGCAUAAUCAAAUGAAGGCAUCAUCAGGGAUAAUUUGGAACACGUUCAAAGAACUCGAAGAAUCUGCACUAGAAACUAUUCACCAAGAUUUUCCAAUUCCGAACUUCACUAUAGGCCCAUUCCACAAGUACUUCUCUGCGUCCUCGAGUAGCUUGAUUGAACAAGACCGGACCAUUAUCUCAUGGCUAGACACCCAAGCACCCAAGUCUGUGAUAUAUGUAAGUUUUGGGAGUGUAGCACGCAUAACUGAGUUAGAAUUUCAAGAAGUGGCCCAUGGGUUGGCUAAUACUGGUUUACCAUUCUUGUGGGUGGUUCGACCAGGGGUUGUUUCUGGUUCAGAAUGGCUUGAGUUGUUGCCUGAAAAGUUCCUAGAGAGAGUGGGUGAUAAAGGACGUGUAGUGAAAUGGUCUCCCCAACAAGAAGUGCUUGCUCAUCCCGCAACAGGAUGUUUUUGGACUCAUAGUGGAUGGAAUUCAACAUUGGAAAGCAUAUGUGAAGGAGUUCCUAUGGUUUGUUCUCCUUGUUUUGUCGACCAACCAAUAAUUGCAAGAUAUGUGUGUGACGUUUGGAAGAUUGGCGUUUUGUUGAAGGAUGACUUUGAAAGGUUAGGGAUUGAGAUGACAAUCAAAAGAGUAAUGAUGGAUGACGAAGGAGAAGAAAUACAAAAGAGAAUACAUUGUCUAAAAGAGAAGGUAAACCUCUCUCUUGUAGAAGGUGGUUCUUCUUAUCGGUCGUUACAAAGUUUGGUUGAUUAUAUUUUAUCAUUCUAACCUUAAGAAAUCACUUGUAAUUUGUAUGGAUGGAUCUGGAGCAAAAAGCUUCCUUAGAUCUUGAAAUCCCGUUAUUGACCUUGGCUCAUGUUUAUCUAAGAAUUAAAUUAGAAUAAAACUUUGGGGAAAUUGUAAGAUUAUGGUUGAGUCAUGAGA